CCUCCUCCGGAGAAAACAUCCUCCUCCUCCUGCAGCCAUCGACGAAACUUCAAAGCAGGACUUCGCAGUUUGCCACCGUCGAAUUUGCGCUUUAAAACUCGGAGAAGGAGCUCCAGCAUGUGAGAGUUUCUGCGGGGGAAAGCCUGAGACGUUAGCGGGGAAAUGAGCUCCACUUGGCUGCUGACGGUACAUCACUAGAGCGUCUUUGUUCUCCUGCUUGUUGAAGUGUUCCUGUCUCGUUCAGUCAUGGCUCGCGGCUGCAUCUGCUGCGUGAAAUACAUGCUCUUCCUCUUCAACCUCCUCUUCUGGCUGGGUGGCUGUGGGCUGCUGGGUGUCGGUGUUUGGCUGUCGGUUUCUCAGGGCAGCUUUGCCACCCUGUCGCCCUCCUUCCCGUCGCUCUCGGCCGCCAACCUCAUCAUCACCCUCGGCACUGUCGUCAUGGUGACGGGUUUCCUGGGUUGCCUGGGUGCCAUCAAGGAGAACAAAUGCCUGCUGCUGAGUUUCUUCAUCGUUCUGUUGAUCAUCCUCCUGGCUGAACUCAUCCUCCUAAUCCUCUUCUUCGUCUACACAGACAAGGUGAAUGAAAAUGCCAGACGUGACCUGAAAGAAGGUCUGGUUCUGUACAACACGGACAACAACGCUGGGCUGAGGGACGCAUGGAACACCAUCCAGGGAGAGUGGAGGUGCUGUGGAGUGAUGAACCACAACGACUGGUACGUCGCCCUGCAUGAGAACGUGGUUCCUGACCGCUGCUGCCAGCAGGUUUUCCCGGGCUGCGGACGCAACGCCUCCAACGCCUUCUGGACACGGGGUUGCUAUGAGAAGGUGGAGGCGUGGCUGGACGACAACAAGCACCUUCUGGGAACCAUCGCCAUGUGUGUGUUAGUCAUACAGCUGCUCGGUAUGGCAUUCUCCAUGACUCUUUACCAACAGAUCCACCGAGCAGGGAAGAAGUACGAAGCCUGAGACGACUGUCGUUGAAGCUUGGGUCCUAAAAAUAUCACUGCAUUAUUUUCUAGUAAAAGUCAGUUAUCACAUGUGCCACUACAGUCUUUUAGCUCGCAUUUUUUCCUUUUUGCACCCAGUUAUUGUUGUGAAUAGCAUUUUAAAGUAGUGUUUUGUUGUUUUUAAAUCAUGCUAUAAUAUGUAAAGUUACUUGAUGAGGAUUGGUCUCUGACAGUCAGAAUAUAGAGAGCAAAAAGACUGAAGCCUCGGCCACAUGUACAUGAAAACACAAAAACAUAAAGUGCCUUCAAGAGCAACAGGUGGUGAUAGAACACAAACUGUAAAGAGGUGUUGGCCAAUCAGAAGCCUGAAAAAAGGACAUGCGAGCUCUAACAGGUUACCAAUAAUGACAUGCAUCCUGUUAGCAAGGUUGUCUGAUGUCAGAAACUCUUUUUCCUAUCUACACUACAGUUUUCAGUGAUUUGAAACCAUAUUUUCAUGUAAACAAAAGGUCAAAAUAUCUAUAAAACACUAAUGUAUGUGUGGAUAAGGCCUGAAAAUAUAGGAUCACGUUAAGAGCAUUGCCUGUGGAAAAAACACUUAAAUAAAAAAAGCAUUGUGUACUAACAUGUUCAAUAAAGCCAGAGAACUCUUCAUGUAAAAA